AUUGUACACUAGUAUCAUUCAUCAUCAGACUUGCUUUUCAAAUGUCACGUUAUUUAGAUAUGUUUGUUUGCUUAAGCAUCAAACCUAAACUGUUCUACAUAAGGGACUUGAAACUUAUUCUCGUUGCAUCAAAAGCCUCGGGCUUAUAGAAACGCUCUCGAGUGCGUUUUCUAGGCCCAUAACCAGUACUUGGUGUCAUUGGGAAGAUCUAGAGAACUGAGUCUCCCUGAGUGGAGAUUGAACCCAUGACCUCCCGAUUGCAAGGGCUAAGUGAGAGAGCAAUAAUGGCCGAACUGCCAGUAGGAGCUCGAGUGUCGAGUCUGUUUGCUGUCCCAACCCACCGCGACCUGCAGCCACAUGGCUCUAGCAUCCUUUCAUUUGCCUAUGACCCUACUGAGGAUGGUAACAGGAAAGCAAAAAAGAUUGUGUAUGAGAACACAUACAAGAUGGAGCCACCUGAGAAAUUCAGGGCAGACAAAGUAAAGCCAAUCAUUGAGAAAGUUCUGGCCACCAAUCUGGAAGGGAAAAAGUACGACCCCAUAGAGUGCGCUCUGCUCUCCAAGGCCUUGGCUGACGACAUUAAACUCCAGGUCAAGGAGCUCAACUACAAAAGAUACAAGAUCAUCUGCCUAGUGACCAUUGGUCAGAGGAAUGAUCAAGGGGUCAGUGUAGGUAGCCGCUUCCUGUGGGAUGCAGACAGGGACACGUUUGCUGCAGCCUCCUGGAGUAGCCGUCACCUUUACGCAGUGGGAACUGUGUAUGCCCUCUACUAUGAGUGACCAACAUGGGAACAGGGGACAUGUUGCAGAAACAUCUUAUGUUGAAUUAUUUAUUUUUGUACAGUUUUAGUACUUUAUCUGAAGUAUUUAAUUUUAGCAUUUUAUAAGUUCAAAAUUGGUCCCUCGAACAGCAUUAAAGCAGAUAGUUAUUUAAAGUUAUUUGAUUUUUUAGAUCUUACUAAAAUUUCAUUUAAAUAUGAAAUUAUUAAGAUUAGGUUAAAUAAUCUAAAGAUCUAACUUAAGAUGUUUCUGGAGUAUGAGCUCAGAACCUGCCAAGAUCUAUAUAUGAAGCCUGUCUCAAUACGCAGCAUCCUUCAUUACAACUUUGGUUAUUACCAUUAUUUUUUUAAAAUACUCAGUGGUUUUACAUGCAGAUACAAAAGGAAGCAAGAAAGGAUUAUCAGAAAAGCUCUGAACUGUUACCAGUGUCCUCAUUAGCACUUACCAUUUAAAUGCUUUGUUAAUUGUUAUUGUUUUGUUCUACAGUUUUUAAAGCCAUUGUGGUCUACAUAGUUAUCAAUCUUAUACUAGACUGUGAAUAUUUACAUGUGCAAUCAAAUGGUUCUAGUCAUUUUGCUGUUUGUGGUCAUUGAUUGUUGUUUUGGAUUAUUAUUAUUACCCCCCUUUCAAGCAGUGGGUUAAAUUGUUUUGCACCUUUCAGUUGGUAAGUUUGUCCAUAAACCAUUUUGUUUCAGCAUGAUAUUAAAGAAAAACUUCAACUUACUGUCAUCAAAGUUUGUAUAGAGGAUAUUUGUUGGAUUCGAUGGAAUAACGAUUUUAUUUCACGAGUGAUCAUAUAAUAUAAUAUUUUAAAUAUGUAUUCAGGGGUUUUUCAGCACUGUCUGCGCCUCCGGGAAACGGAGGCAUUCCCAAAGCAAACGGACCCGUUCCCAAUCGAAUUUUGAUUGCAUUUUUCCCAAUUCCAAAAAAUAAAAUCUUCCAAAAUCGUAAAAAUAAACAUAAUUUUUAUCGAAAGAGUGACUUCCCUUCAUUCACAACAUAAUAAAGCCUUUAGUGACACAGAUUUUUUGGUGCAUUUGCCGGAUACAUUUACUCUCAGCGAUGACGUUCGAACUGUUCCACAUUAUACAAGAGUAUAUAGAGCCACACAAUACACAUUCUAUACCAUAUCUGUAGACGCUUAUUUUCAAUCAUGGCUUCGCACAAUAGUAAAUAUUACAUUAAAAAAACAAAACAAAUAGACGCUAAAGGAUGUGUAACGAUAUCAUCGAUGUUUUCGAAACGCUCAGAAUCUUCCGAAAUUACUGCCGCGAGUAACCCUGAACAGACAGGCUCGGACGAUACGCAGCAAAAUGUAACAGCAACAGAAGUAAUGCCAGGGCCACAAAAUCGGCAACUGAAUGCUCAGAGCCUUGUAAGAAAGUUGUAGUUCAAUCGUCAUUUAAUACAUUAAAGUAUGAAAUGAAAUACCCAUGGCUCUAUUUUAGCUCGGCCAAAAAUGUUGCUGUAACUUGUGUUUGAGCAGUGUUUGUUUUGCAUGUGUUUAUAUAAAGAAAAUUGUUAAACCACAGACUUAUUUAAGCAUGAUUAAUUCAAUUUGUUUUCCCCAAAAUGAGCCGUUUCACGAAACAAAAAUUCCCAAAAUGGGCAAUUUUGUCGAUAAAAAAUUCCCAAUUUGGUCAGACUCCUUUUCCCAAAGUAGGCAGAAAAACCCCUGGUAUUUUUUAUGAUCACGAGUGAGUUAAAAUAGAUAUUUAUCGAAUCCAACAAAUUUUCUUUUUAUUUUAUGCUUUUUCCAUUGUUAAUUUACAUUGUAAAGGAGUUUAACUGGAUAAUUUCGCUUGAUUUAUGACGUCAUUUUGUCGAAAAAAAUGAAGUCAUUUCAAAGUAAAACAGUGAAAAAUAUCGAUAUUUUUCGCUGUUAUUUUUCACUGUUUAAAACAGUGGAAUACCAGUUUUAUUUCACUGAUAUUUCUAUAUAAACCACUGGAAAGCAUAAAAUAAAUAGAUGAUAUUUGUUGGAAUCGGUGAAUUAUCAACUACAAUUCACGAGUGAUCAUAGAAAAAAUAUAUUUUCUAUGAUCACGAGUGAAUUUAUAUUGAUAUUCCACCGAAUCCAACAGAUUUUAUUUUUAUUUUAUGCUUUUUUCACAGUUAAUAUACAUUGUUAAAGAGUUUAACUAAAGAAUUUCGCUGAAAUAAUGGCUUCAUUUCGUCAAAAAAAUGACGUCAUUUCCCAGUAAACAGUGAAAAUUAUCGAUAAUUUUCACUGAUAGUGUUAACUGUUUGAAACAGUGAAAUUAUCAGUUUUAAAUCACUGAUAUUUCUCUAUAAACCACCGGAUAGCAUAAAAUAAAUGUUUGUUAAUUGUGAGGUAAAUUCAUAUGAACUUUGUAGUCAACGGGCCUAAUCACAUGCAAAUGUUAUAUUUGGGCCGCGUUCUGAGAAAACUGGGAUUAAUACAUGUGCGUAAAGUGUCGUCCCUGAUUAGCCUGUGCGGACUGCAAAAGCUAAUCUGGGAUGACACUUUACGCACAGUCAUGCAUUAAGCCCAGUUUUCUCAGAACAAGGCUCAUUUGAUCACCACUGUGGGAGUGUUCUUUAUAUCUCUACCAAAGACACCAAGUACUGAUUCUAGUUCCAGGAAACAGACUUGAGAGUGUUUCAAAUGAGCCCAAGGCUUUCUAUGCAGUUGAGCUAAAAUAAAUAGGUUUAAACUAAAUGUUCUCUCCAUAUGCCAUAUAUUGAAUAACACUAUGAAGAUAUAUUAUGGUAAAUACAAAUGCCAAGGAAAAUUUACAUACCAGUACAUUUAAUAAAAAUUAUCAUUUCGUAAUGAAAAUAAUCACUUUUUUAUCAUACAUUUUAUGUGAUGCAGUUUUAAUCAGUAAAAAAAAUAUAUAAUAACACACAUCCGUUAAUGCAUUAAAAUCAUAAAAGAUUUUCACCUAUACUGUGUUUGUCAUGGCUUGCUAUUUUGUCUUAGUUAAAACAAUCAAAUAACUGCGAUAUAUAUGCCAUUUCAUCUCUCAAAUGGGAAAUGCAAUUUAUUUUACCAUCAAAUGCAUAGAUAGCUUCAAACAUAUACAUAAACAAAUACUAGUACUCUACUCUCAAUAUAAUUAUAUAUGACAAAUGUUUUGGGUGGUUAUCAACAUUAAGGUCAUAUCAGGAUAGUCACACAAAUAAGUAUGUUGGUUUGUCAUUAGGGGAGACCAUUAUUCAUCCAGUUAAAGAUCAAGAUAUCAAAAGUCAAGGUCACAUGGGCAUGAAAUAUUUAAAGCAUGUGGAAACAAAUUGUGUGCAUAUCCGUGGGGGGACAUGUUAAACAAACAUCACCUGUAAUAUAUUGAUGUGGUCUUAUUCCCUGCUGCAAUAAGAAUUAUCUAGUCUUUAAGGUUAUCUUAUCAAUUAUUUAUGAGUUGUUGCAAAUUAUUUUUUCCUGUUUACUUAAUACAUCAUUAAAAUGUCUACAUAUAUCUAAAAGCAUUGUUAAAAAUGUGCAUCGUAUAUGAAAUGUGUGUGUAGUUAUUUUAUUUGUUUACAAUGAAUUAAUGUUAUUUGUUGUAUUUUACCAUUUAUUUCUUCAACUGAUAUUAUUAAAUAUCACUUACUGUUAAAAUAUUAGUGAUUAAAGAUGUUAAUUUUAUAGAAACUUGUUUUAAGUUACUUAUAACAAAAUAUAGAAUAUUUUAUGCUAUGUGCUUAACUACUGAUAUUUUUAAGCUAAUAGUAACAAGCAGUGAAACCAACUUAUAGCCAAUAUUAUCCUGGCAUUGAAUUUCAUGCAUGGAUAUAUUAAAAUACUGUAAUGAUGCAUUCAUUACUUUUGUGACUAGAAGUGAUUAAAACCAAUGCAAGUGUUGCACACUAAGUAUAUUAUUAUUCCGUCAUUUAACUUGUGCAAAACAUGCACAAACAUGACCCAAUCCAAGUAAAGGAGACAAUUCAAGCAAAUAAUAAUUGCUAAUGGAGCUAAUUAAUAAAACAAAUUGUAUAAUGAACAAAGAAAAAGGUAAAGUAUAUUCUAGUAAAAAAUUAAGAUGUGACUUCUCAUUAAAAGUAGGCUUCAAUUAAAUGUUUAUUUCACAUGCCAAUUCUAAUGCUUAUAUUCUGUGCUGAUACAUAUAUCAUUUGGGUCUGGUAAGUACUUCAUUUUUUAUGGCAUAAAACAUUUGUUAAUGCUGAGUUGACUCCAUCAAGAGAAGAAGCUAUGGAUUGGUUGACUGACUAGAGCUUCAAAUGUUUUUGCCGAGUAUAAUUGUCAGAGAUGUCACAGCACAUACACUGGCACUUGUUUCCCUUUAAGUUGCUUAUGCCAUUUAUGUACAGAAAAAUGAUAUAAAAAAUGUGUGAACUUGUUUA